CUAAGAGCUAAGGGGCUUGAUAGCUGCUUCGUCCCAGGCGCAAUGAUUGUAGGUUUGCUAGGGUAGCUAAGGUUAGCAACAGGGUAAAAACCCCUGAAAAACCUACAAUUAUUUCGCCUGGGACGAAGUCAUUAGUACUUGAGUGCCAAACUCUCUUGAGAGCUUAUCUCUUUUUAAUAGUUAACAAGCUUAGCUAGAACCUAAGCGCCAAAAAAAAGUGUUAACCACUAUACAAGGAUUAAAUUUAGUUGGUUGUCUGUUGAGCACCUAUAUAGUGAGAAUGGGGCUUGACGGUACCUCACAAACAAGUCCCAUCCUCACGCAACUGAGAUCUUCCGUCCAAUCUUCUCUAUGUGGAUCAUGUGGAGAUCUUGUUUCCAUCAUAUGCCCAUGUUUGAAGUCAAUAUGAACCUUUCUUUUGACUAAAAUUAUUUCCUGGUUGAAGUGCUUAUAAUAAAAGCUCCGCCUGUCGUCGAUUGCAGCUUCCCACCUUUCCAACUUCUACUUUCACUACCAGUAAUUUUACAGUAUUCUUCAGUUCAAUCGAAUUUUUGUACAAAUCAGCAUCAUGCUCGCUUCUUACAUCUUUCCAGUGCUCCUCGCCGCAGGAUGCGUCUCUGCAGCACCAAGCCCAGUAGAGAAACGUGAUGCAUGGGGCGGAUCCCUCUCACUAGGACCAACCAAAUCCCAUAUUGUUUCUGCAGUCACUACGCUCAUCCCAGGUGCUGCACCGCAGAAGCAAAAUGGAAUGUUGUUUCUUUGGCCGGGAAUGUCGAACGGAACAUGUGAUCUCGUGCAGACCACAUUAGAGAGCUGGCCUGAUAACGCGUGGUGCGGAGCCAAGCCUGAAGAAUGGUAAGCUUGUUCUUGAAGAGAUACUACACUUGGCUAAUCUAAGAUACAGGUGUGUUCGCGCGUCACUCUUUGAGGGAUCUGGUCAACUCGAUGGCCCUGCGUCUGCUGUCAAGGGAACUGAUAAAGUCGAGAUCGAGUACACCAAAGCUACCGAUUCGGACACCUGGACACAGUGAGUACCAUCGCUCUUGUUCAUACAUGCCUAACUCACCUUGAACAGAAUGGUUACAAAUGCCGACACUGGUGCUUAA